AUGUUUCUCAAUCUAGGAUGGAAUGCAGGCAUCAUUGGCGAUCAACUCUAGGAGUAGUUAGCUAUCGAAAAUCAAAUACAAGAUUUGAAUCUUGUAAAUAAAGAAUCAGAUUUCUUAGUCAAAUCGUUUUAUUAUGAAACUUAAAAUGGACAAUUUGUUCCUAAAACUAUAUUUGUUGAUUCUGAUCCAUAAUUUCAAAAGAAGAAAAUAUAUGCAAAACAAAAUUUUUCUUCAUUUAGAUAAAUGGUUGAGAAAUGUGAAAAUUUAUAUGGAGUUGUAGUUAUCAAUACAACAAACUAAAAUUACGAUAAUUAUAUCAAAGAAUAAUAAUAAUUAAUACCCACAGUCCCAUUUUACUUUGUGAAUUUGAUUGAAGACUAAAUAUCAUAUUCUUAGUAAAUAAGUACGUUAAAAUGUUAUGAAAUGCUUAAAGAAUAUGCAGAGGUAUGUUUGUAGAUCAAUGGAAGUGUAAUUUUAGAAAAUAAACAAUAUACUACUUAUCCUCCAAGAAAUAUUUCUUAAUUCUUAAGUUAUUGUUUGGCUUCAAUAAAUUAAGCUUAUAAAAAAGUAUUCGAUAUCACUACGUUUUCUUAAAGCCUAUUUCUAGAUUACGAUUAAAAGUUUUUGUCAUGUGGUUUUGAUAAUACCUACGUAAAUUCAUUUACUAAUAACUUUGGAGGCAUUAAUUAUCAAGAAGGGAAAUUCAAUAAAACAGGAUUGAUUAUCAGAGGAGAACCAAAUUUAGAGUAAGUUAAAUUGGUGCAAGACAUAACACAAAUUCCUGUUUAAAUGGGUAUUCUGGAGAAAGGCUAUCCAGGAAUUGCUCAGAUCAGUAAUCAUAGUAAUAAUGUGAAUGUAUUGGCCAAUGCAAUCAAAAAAUUUGAAUAGAUUCCAAAAUAAUUUUUUAAUAUUGAUUAUGAGGUUAGUGAAAGUCUCAAAUAGAUUGUUGCAGCAUAUUAAUGA